AUGCCUGCACCUACAGCGCUCCGGGAACCAGGGACGGUCGCUGAACCGGUUCAGGUUCCAGAAAAUACCGCGGGUAAUUGAUUUCAAUCCUCUUCCUAUUUGUGAUUUUUAUUGGUCCUGACUGCUUUUUAUUCCGUGCACACAGAAGACGACGUUCUCAUCGACGUUUUCGCUUCACCAGCACAGCCAGGAGAUACCGCCGCAGUAGCGCGGGCUCCUAAAGAUGUUGAAGGGGACGGUAUGCAGAUUGAUGAGGAGGGACGACCGAAAUUUAAGCCUGCGAGCGCAGUAGUGCGUGCCUCCAUACCACCAAUAACAGUUCCUAAUAGCUAACUAAUAUGUCCUCCUCUAAUAGAAAGUAUUUAAAAAAGGCGAGAACCGUAAAGUCCCUAUCCCGCCGCACCGCAUGACACCCCUGAAAUCUGCCUGGCCAAAAAUCUACCUGCCCCUCGUCGAGCACCUAAAACUCCAGGUCCGCAUGAACCUCAAAGACAAGGCUGUCGAGCUCCGUGCCUCGAAGGAAACAAUCGACACUGGAGCCCUGCAGAAGGGUGCCGACUUCAUCCGUGCCUUCGCGCUGGGCUUUGAUACCGACGACGCAAUUGCGCUGCUGAGGUUGGACGACUUGUACGUCGAGACUUUCGAGAUCAAGGAUGUCAAGACGCUGGUUGGGGAGCACUUGGGCAGAGCGAUUGGCAGAAUUGCGGGCAAGGAUGGGAAGACAAAGUUCGCAAUCGAGAAUACUACAAAGACGAGGAUUGUGCUGGCCGAUUCCAAGAUUCAUAUUCUUGGGGGGUUCCAAAAUAUUCGCAUUGCGAGGGAGGCGGUUGUCAGUUUGAUUCUGGGAAGCCCACCGGUAUGUCAAUUCUCCGCAUUUCUCCUUCCUGCCCUUUUCACUUUGAAUAAUUGGUGGAGUGCUUGUAUGCUAAUGGGAUAUUCAUGUAGGGCAAGGUAUAUGGCAACCUCAGAACUGUCGCCGCGAGGCAAAAGGAAAGAUUUUAGACCGGGGGGAAUUUCUUAAAUAAUAAGUGUUUUUCCCCCUUCCCUUUUGCUAUUUGAGGCUUCUAAGAUAUUCCGGAUUCCUUUAUGGCGCAUAGGUUGAUUGUUGAUUUGGGGGGAUUGCAUUUGCAUCUUGUCCUUGCGUACCGUAAGCUAAAAAUUGAGUUAUGAUAAAUA